AUGGAGAAACUCCCUGGCCGUCCUAUCGGGGAUAUGUGGUUUGAUUUGACUGAGGAUCAGCGACUCAAAAUCAUCUCGGAAGUUGUGCAAGCAGAAGCCAAGCUUUCCAGAAUACAUCUUCCAGCGUGUGGCAGUGUUUACUACGAGCACGAUCUCCCCGCCGACACUUCUCGCGCCGUCAUUACGCCAACAUCCAACAUCAAAGGGUUGUGUAUUGGCCCUCACACGAACUUAAGAUGGUGGGAAAAGGAGCGUGACUCCAUGGAAAUCCACCGCGGCCCCCACUUCACUCCCAUCCAAUUGCUUUCCUGCAUCGCAGCCAAAGAGUCGGCGUGGCUCGCAGCGUUCGGGCGUCCACGCCUGCCGUUCGAACGAGCGUACCGUGAAUGCCUGAACUACGAGAAGUCCCGACCGGAAGAACACAUCGAGAGCUUGGACAAGUAUGUGAGGUUAGCUCCAUACCUCGUGCCAAGAGAACCAAGGUUCCACAGGCCAAUUCUGCGCCACCCUGACCUCCAACCACAUAACAUCUUCGUUUCUGAGAAUCUCGAUAUUGUCGGGAUCAUAGAUUGGCAGCAUUGCUCCGUGCUUCCCCAGUUCCUGGCUGCCGGCAUUCCAAAGUACUUCCAAAACUGUCGAGACGAAGCGUCAUUGAGUUUCCUUCCGCCAAAACUGCCCGAAAAUCUGGCCGAAAUGGACGACGAGGAGCGUGCCGAAGCUUUGGAAAGAUUUCGACAGCGCCAUCUUCAUUUCUUCUAUCUAGGAUUCACGCAGAGGUUUAAUGAAGCUCAUUUUGAGAUUCUCGAUAGGCGAACAGAUCUACUGACUCGAAAGACCUUCAGCCACGCAGGUGAGCCUUGGCAAGGCAACAACAUCCCUCUCAAAGCAGAUAUCAUUUACAUAACGCGAAUCUGGGAAGAAAUCUUGAACGAAAACGGGUACUCUGGAGCGGCCAUUCCUUUGUGUCCUGUUUCUUUUACUGAACUCGAUGUCCAACGUACCAUUAACAUCCUGCUGCAACAAGAGGACAUGGACACCCAGCUUAAAAAAAUCCGGGAUGCCAUUGGAAUCAGCAGAGAUGGAUGGGCGUCCAAUGCAGAGUACGACCAGGUGGUACAACUGGCGAAACUCAUCAAAAUGCAAGCCCUGGCGAGCCUAGAUUCUGAAGAGGAGAAGGAGAUGACAUUGAAACAUUGGCCAGUUGAUGAUUUUGAUGAGGAAGGGUGA